CUCGAAAGCGUCCUCACUCUAUACGAGAAGACAGUCUAUGUAUAAAGUCUCGUGGGGGGGACGCAUACAGAAUAACACGCGCAAUAUAAACUCGGUCAUUGAAAGAGAAAAUCGAACGCUCGUGUGUAUUAUGGUAAUACAUUUCGAGUAAAGGAAACGCAUCCGUAUCUUAUCGGGUGUCUCUGCGAAAAACCCGGCGAACGAUCAACCCCUCGAGAACUUCAGUCAGUGCUUUUGCUCCUUUUCGCGCCAAGCCGCGCCGCGCUUUAUUCGAGAUCCUUUGUAGAUCCUGUGCGCCGGAAGAGGAUCCCGAAGAAGGAAGUAGCCCGAGGGAAGUUUCGAGAGAGGAGACAGUUUCUCGGGGAAAAAACCGAUUGAUUUUCACAGCGCGCGAAUGAAAAUGUGGAACCCGCGUAAGAGCGACGUGAGACUAAUCUUCCUCGUCACGUUCGUGAUUUUCUUGUGCCACACAAGUGUCACUGACUCGGCGGCGGUCCAUCACAAGAUGUCGGACAAAGAGAUAGAGGAUUUGAAGCUUAGACUUCAGAAUUUCACUUUUCCUUGGAGAUACUAUAUUGAAAAAGGGAAUGUGAGACUUCCGCGGGACACGAACAAGGAAACCGAGAAAAAAUACUGUUACACCAUUCCCUGCGGAUGGGCGGUCUACAACUCGUACACGCGCAACGUCGAAUAUUACAUGAAAAACACCUGCGAGUGCCUGAAUAAGGACUACAAGUGCGUGCGCUCCGGCGACGACCUGUCCGCGAGUGCGUACGUGUACCGCUGCCGCCAGAACAUGACGGCGGGAGACUUAGAGUUUCCGGUGACCGAUGAGGACGUCAACUGAGACGAGGCCGACGGGGCGUCGUCGCGAACCCUCACGCCAACUUGAGAUUAAGCGGCGGCGCGCUUCAGGGCAUCCAUCAUCGCGCCGCGCCGGCUUCCUCAUGUAAUUAGCUCCUCCGCACGCUAAUGUUACCGCUUCCGAAGGCGAUCGCGCAUCUUCCACAUCCGAUCAGCUCCAGCUUCUUCUCUAGAGAUUAAACGCGCGCGAGGAUCGAUUGAGUCGAACUGGCAUUGUUUUGACGUUUAAUGACGUCAAUUUGCUACCAGGUAGCAAACUGAUUGUGAGCAUCCCUAUAAGCGCAUGAUAUUAUUUAAUAUUCUAGGCGUAUUCUUAGAAUAUUCAAUAUUCUA